AUGGCCUCUCGAGCCAAGUCUAAAAGUAAACGGAGUGGGGACAAGCGCGAGCAUUCGUCACGUAGCAACGUGACCGAGACCGCCUACUAUGACGAAGGCUACGGAGACCAAAACUUGGAACAGACUGGCCCAUAUGAUGAAGGAUAUGAAGAGGGCAACUAUGAAACCUGCACAGUCUACGAGAACCAUGUGGACGAUGCAGACAAGACACCUCGCUCUAAGAAGUCCAAGAAUGAAGAACCGUCGACGUCGUAUGAGGAGUCCACUGAUGGAGGUGCUCACGAAGCCACCGCGGCCAUGUUAGAGCUGGCGAUAACCAAUGAAACAUUCAUUGACUAUGCAAAUGAGGCCGGAGCUCAGGAAGACGAGGCUUACGAUGAACCACAUGGAUCCAAGAGUAAGGGAAAGGAGAAGCAGACUGCUGAAGUCGAGGAAGAUUACGAGUAUGAAGAGCCGGCUGAAUCGAUCACCUAUGUCAAACCACACAAGCAGGUGACAUUCGGCGAGAAAAAUGACCACGAGGGCCAGUCUCAUGACUACCAAGAAGAAGAGGGGUACAAGAAUGUGAUAGAGCUCAGCAAGAGAGACGCCUACUCGCUGGACCAAGUUGGGGAGUCAUCGACUGCAGCUAUCGAUACCUACCAUGACAGCUAUGCAGAGGAACCUUACCACGAAGAAGUGGCGGAACCCGACCCUCUAGUCAAUGCUCCCAAAGGGCCUAGGCUUUCGGGAUCGAGGCAGCCUCGCAUUGUAGACUCUCGAUUUCAAAUAUAUGAUUCGUCAUACUUUUACCCUGGAGCUGUGUUCAAGACUCUAUGGCCCGAGCCAAUGGGAACCUCCUCACGUUACACGACUGUCGUGGAAGCAGAGGAGAAGGGGAAAGCUAUUCAUGUCUCGACUCGUCGUUUCAUAAUCAUCGGGAACUCGGACAACCAGUCCUACUGCGUACCAAUCUUCACCUAUGGAAAAAAGGGCUGUAGGAAGCCGGGCGUGAAGCCCCAUAGACACGGCAUAAUAUACAACGGGGAGACCCCACCCAAGCCACUCAAAAACGAGCCAGAGCUCGGCUACCCUCCGGUGAGGUUGUACUUGGAGGAAAACCAGGUCUUGCUUGGUGAAUCGCGAGUCAACUACUCGAUUUUAUGCACGGUGCAGCACAACGUCAAGGCCCUCUUCAUUGGCUUUAUCAGCGAGGAAGACCUGAGGAACGUCGCGCAAAUGGCCGUGUACUCUAUCUUGGACGAGGCUAGGGAUAGGCCCUCUAAGCCCCCCAAAGACCGCCGAAAGGCAAAAUAA